AUGUCGAGCUUAUUGAAGGGUGAGCCGGCCGGAAAUCAGGCGGCAGGUGCAGAUAUCAGCAAGAAGCUGGCAGGAGGAGUUGGACCAAGGACUACAGAGGAUGGAAACAUUGGACCAUUUGAGAAACCAGACAUCUAUUAUGGCCCGGAGACCGACCCUUCGAACACGAAGGGCAGGUUUGGGAAGUUGAGGACGAGAAGUGAGGUUUUUUCGAGAGGUUUGUUCAACACGAAGUUUCUGGAUAGGGCCCAGGGCGAGAAGCCACGUGGAAAGGCGUUGUUUGACCUCUUAGAUGGCGGUGCAAGCGACAAGGAGAGUGCAGACAGCAUGCUGGUGGGCAGCAGAGCUGGCAGCUCGGACACUUCGAGCAGUUCUGUUGCCGAUGAGCCGGAAAUGUCGGGCAGGUCGUCGAGCUUCAUGAAAAAGUACUUGAAAGGGUUGGACGUGUGGAACAAGCUCACGCAGGCAGGCAAGAUCGGCAAGGAGCCGGAGCCGGUGGCACACGCAGAGCGGGGAAUCACGCCGGAGCCAGAAAAGCCAGAGGGAGAGGCAUCGUACCUCCGCAGAAGGGGAAGUACGGAUUCGACAUCGUCGAAAGUGAACUCGAAGAGAUUCUUCAUCAGUGACAUCGACGGGACUUUGAAGCGGCUUCUAGAGAGCGAGGAUACGGACCACAACUGCCAGAUCACGAUCGAGGACACGGGUCCAAAGGUGAUGAAGUUGGGCACGGCAAACUCGGCCGGAUACAAGCAGUACGACAUCCGGGGCACGUACAUGCUCUCGAAUCUCUUGCAGGAGUUGACGAUUACCAAGCGGAUGGGCCGGAAGCAGAUGAUCCUGGACGAGGCGCGGCUCAACGAGAACCCGGUGGACCGGUUGCGGAGGCUCAUCAGUACUGUUUUCUGGAAGAACUUGAGGAGGCAGGUGACCGAGGACAGCGUGUUGGAGAUGGCCAGCGACACGAAGAUCGACAGCCCGGAUGCCAAGUAUCCGCGGAUCUACGUUCCGCACAACGAGCCCGAGCAGUACUUCUACUACACGGGAAUUGCCAAGAGGCAUCCUGAGUAUCAACUCCAGGUGGAGUACCUCCCGGAGAAGAUAACGGAUGAGUGGGUGAAGUCGAUCAACGGUCGGCCGGGAUUCCUUGCCUUGGCCACCAGGCACAAGAGUGAGAAGUAUGGAGACUUGGAAGGUUAUCCGUACAUUGUUCCCGGGGGUCGUUUCAACGAGCAGUACGGUUGGGAUUCGUACUUUGAGACUUUGGGGCUCCUGGAGAGUGGCCAGGUGGAACCUUGCAUUGGAAUGUGCCGGAACUUCAUCUUCGAGAUUUCACACUACGGCAAGAUCUUGAACGCCAACCGCUCGUACUACCUCUGCCGGUCGCAGCCACCUUUCCUCACGCAGAUGACGUUGAAAAUCUUCAAUUACGUCAAGGCCCACGACAACAGAGAGAAUCUCGGCUUGCUGAAGGAUGGAUUUACCGCCGCCAUCAAGGAGUACAAGACCGUGUGGUGCUGUGCUCCACGGCUUGACCAGAGAACCGGGUUGUCGACGUACUACCCGUCGGGAUUGGGCAUUCCGCCGGAAACAGAGGCCUCGCACUUCGACGCCUUGUUGACUCCAUACAGCAAGAAGCACAACAUGUCCUUGGACGAGUUCCGUCGCAAGUACAACGACGGUGAGAUCGACGAGCCCGAGUUGGACGAGUACUUCGUGAAUGACCGUGCAGUGCGGGAAUCCGGUCACGACACAACAUAUCGGAUGGACGGCUUGUGUGCACACCUAGCCACGGUUGACUUGAACUCCUUGUUGUACAAGUACGAGACCGACAUCGCCUACGUAAUCAAGACUUUCUUCAACGACAGCUUUGUACUACCGGAUGGCACCGUCGAGAAGAGUGCAACGUGGACUGAGCGGGCUGAGCGUCGCAAAAAGACGAUGAACCGGUACAUGUGGAGCGAGCAUGACAGCAUGUAUUACGACUACAACGUGCAGCUCGACAAGAGGUCCAAGUAUGAGUCCGUGACCUCCUUGUAUCCACUCUGGGCUGGCAUAUGCACCCCGGAGCAGGCCAAGAAGAUCGUCGAGAACACGAUUCCGAAGUUUGAGGAGUUCGGAGGCCUUGUUUCUGGCACCAAGCGCAGCAGAGGACCAAUUAGCGUCGAGAGACCUUCCAGGCAGUGGGACUAUCCAUUUGCCUGGGCUCCACACCAGAUGAUGGCCUGGAAGGGACUAUCCAACUACGGAUACAAGGAUGUGGCCCGCCGACUUGCCUACCGGUGGUGCUAUAUGAUGACAUUUGCCUUUGUGGACUUCAACGGUAUCGUGGUGGAGAAGUACGAUGCCACGUCCGAAAAACAGCCUCACCGGGUCGAGGCCGAGUACGGAAACCAGGGUUCUGGCUUCAAGGGGGUGGCCACCGAGGGAUUCGGCUGGGUCAAUGCCUCCUACAUGGUUGGUUUGGGCUACUUGGACAAAACAGGUAUCCGUGCCCUUGGAAUGGUCACUUCUCCCCGCGACUUCUUGCAGCAUAUGAAUGCUAACGAGAGAAAAGCUUACGGUGUGGAAGGUGGCCAGAAGCAGUUGGCCAGGGCCAGAAAGAUCAAUGCUGCCACCAAGGUUUAG